AUGUCAGUCAGUCAGUCAAUCGAGUUGAACGGAACAUUUGCCCAUCUCUGGUUGAGCUUGAUUUUGUACCUCAAUAAUCCAAAAACUUUCAACAAAACUUAUUUCCACAAUUUGAUAAUUGAAACAAAAGCUUCGACAGUAAAAUAUGGAAUCGAAUUAAUCAAACGGAUUUUCCCCGACAAGAGAAAUGUGGUUGAUAGCUCAGACUCUGAAGUUGAAGAAGAUGUGAGUUCUUAUUCGCUUGAAAAGCGUUUGAAAAUAUCAGUUGAGUCUUUCAAAAAGCCAGGUGAACCAGCAGGGGCAGGAGAUAGUCUAAAGAGAGACUUCCAGUUCUUUGACCGCCACGAACAGAGAACUCCCACUUUAGAAAAAUUGUUUGCUGCUUUAUGUACCAUCCCACCGACAUCAACACAGUCGGAAUGA